GUUAGUUUUAUUGUGGAUUUUCGUCGAAGUGAAGUAUGCACGAAAGCAAAUACGAGAUAAUCGUGGUCCAUUGAAAACAGGAGAGUCGGUCGAGUUCAGUGUGGACGAUUGUUUUCACACAUGUAGACGACGCCGAGCGUCGCGACGCUUCUAACCAAGCAACCUGUCAGUUCGUUUCAGAACGUGUUCGCGAAACAUUUGCGACCGAGAUGAACGUUCCGUCAGUUAAUUAGUCGAGUUUAUACCGUGCUUUGUGGAAAACUAUUGGUAAAAAUUUUAUUUGUAAAGCUGGAAAUAGUUUUAAUUUGAAUGAAUUGAUUCAAAUAACAAUUGGUUGAACUAUUUUUGUAUAAACAGAUUUAGCAGUGAUGAUGCCCUGAAUCUCUCGAAACACAGUAAUAAGUUGAAUUAUGUUGCAAGAAUGUUCGAAUAUAACAUACAUAAACGAUACGAACGUCAGUUGCAAUUUAACACCACAGUUAUUUAUUUUAUAUCAACGAGGACCUCAACAAUUGCCAUUGGAAAUUUCUGUACCAUUAACAAUUCUUAAUGUUAUUAUUUUCAUCACUGGUCUUAUUGGAAAUUUUGUUGUAUGUUUAGUGAUUGUUAGACAUCGUACCAUGCAUUCAGCCACUAAUUAUUAUCUUUUUAAUUUGGCUGUGUCGGAUUUAACACUUCUUGCUUUUGGUUUGCCGAAUGAUGUGUCGAUGUAUUGGCAUCAAUAUCCAUGGAAAUUGGGAGUUACAUUCUGCAAAGUUCGUGCUUUAUUAUCUGAAAUGGCUUCCUACGGUUCUGUGUUAACAAUAGUCGCCUUUUCAACGGAAAGAUACAUUUCAAUUUGCCAUCCUUUGUACAUACAUAAAAUGUCUGGACUUAGAAGAGCAGUUCGGAUAAUAUCAUUUUUAUGGUUUAUCGCAUUUCUAGCUGCGCUACCUUUUGCAGUUUACACGACCGUACAUUAUUUAGUUUAUCCUCCAGGUAGUGACACAAUUCUCGAGGAGUCGGCGUUUUGCGCAAUGCUGGAUCAACCAAAAUUCGUUCCUUUAGCUGAAAUAAGUGCAACUAUAUUCUUUAUAUUACCUAUGUCAGUGUUAGCUUUUCAAUAUACGAAAAUGGGACUGCAAAUUUAUAACAGCUCCAAGCAAUUUCAAGGAACUAUACGAUUAUCUUUGCAUAGAGAUAGUAGGAGGGUUCAAGCCCAUAAAACAGUUGUUAGGAUGUUAGCUGCCGUUGUUGUGGCAUUUUUCGUCUGCUGGGCACCAUUUCACUGCCAGCGUUUAUUAUAUCUUCACGCAAUAAACUGGGAAUAUUAUUACGUAGCAAACGAGUGGAUGUUUUACAUAACAGGGAUUCUUUAUUAUUUAUCAUCAACGUUAAAUCCCAUUCUUUACAACGUUAUGUCUGCAAGAUACAGGAAAGCUUUCCGGUCCGUGCUUUGCGGAAACCCAAUUAGCGACGAUUUCAAUAAUCGAUCAACCAGAUGUUCGCAAUUUGACGCAGCAAGAGCUGGAGGAUCUCGACGUGAAUCCAAACUUAGAAGCAUUCUAUUAGACACAGAAGAUGGAUGUAGCCUUACAUCGAAAGAUGGCGCAACAAGUUUUAAAGGAAAUUAUGUUUGUUCCGUUACGUUGAAGCAAAAACUUUUAAGUGAAUGUGGAAAUGAAACAAAAAUGUAAUGUUUUAAGUUAUUAGUUAUAUUUAUAAGUGAUUUUGUACGAUUUAUUUCUCAAAAAUUGUUAUUAAAAGGUUUGUGUGAACAAAAAUAAAUGUAAAUAUUAAUAA